UGUCGGUGAAACCAAAGAUCCUAUAGCAGAGCUCUGCUAUAGGAUCUUUGGGUGAAACGACGAGUGGAAGAUGGGCGGUGCCGGGUAGUAAAGAGAGGAGUGGCUGAGGUCGCCAGGUGUAGUUGAGUAGUCAUGGCUGGCGAUGCGGCGGAAGCGGUUUGUUUGAACCCAGCCAUUGAGCCCCUCUCGUGGAUGUUGGGUACAUGGAUUUCAGACACACCGGGGGAAGGUUGCUACCCAACCAUUAAACCUUUCAAGUUCAUGGAGGAAAUCAAAAUCACACAUGUUGGUCAGCCCAUGCUGAAUAUUUCAUGUAAUGGUUCUAAUCCUGAAACUAGGAAGCCAAUGCAUAGGGAGUGUGGCUUUUUGAGAAUCAAGCCUGGCACCAAUAAAGUGGCAUUCAUCUGUGCCCAAAACACAGGUGUUGUGGAGAUCGAAGAAGGAGAAGUGAAUGGUCAGGAGCUGACACUGUCCUCGCAUUCUGUGGCACGAAUCUCCUUUGCAAAGGAACCACAUGUCCAACAGAUUUCACGGACAUUCAGACUCUUAAAGGACGGGAAGUUGGAGCAAACCGUUUUCAUGGCAACUGAUAAUCAACCUCUAUUGCAGCAUCUCCAUAUAACCUACACACGCUGCACCUAAACUGUAUAUUAUGUAUCAUGUUUACAAGAUACAACUGCGGCCUCAUUGUGCUAAACUUAAGGACUUAAGGUGGAAGUUGAAGAUUUUACUUUUGGAGAUUGGUAAUUGAUUGUUUGACCAUAACACUAUGUUCAGUAGAAAUAGCAAACUGUUCUUUGUGACCCUUUUUCAAAAUAUUGAAUGUUUCAUGUAUUAGCACAUCAUCCUUCAGCAGGGACAGGCUUUGAAAGAUUGCAGCAGCCUUUCAUUGACUUGGUGGCAAGUUGCAACAAGCAGGGAUAUCUGGCCAAUGUAUUUGUUUUGUCUUCCAGGACAAAAACGAUUUGUGUUCCUUUUAUUGAAUAGUUAAAAUUCAGGUGAUCUAGAGAUAAUUUGGGAAUAUCUGGCAGUCCCAUGCUGCUAGAUCCCAUCUGACACUCUAAAGCGAGCUUCAUUAGAUGUUUCUUCUGGCUAUCUUGUGUUUUAAGUCCCAUACAGCAUCUCCAAAUGAGGAGCUUGUAUUGCACUCAGAACAUACUCGUGCUUAGCAACUAAACUCCACUGCCCCCAAAACAUCUACUCUAGGUUGAUUGUAUUAUUGGCACCUCAGCCUUACCAAGCAGAAUGAUGAAGAAGUUGCUCUCAUCUCAGUACUGACUGGCCAACCUCUUGUUCUGAGACUAAGGCUCCUGCCAUCCUAGUCAGAGGAAACACUAGCACUAAUCCACCCAGUUAACCUCAUUAGAUGCUUUAAUGAGAAACUCUGGAGAGUGUGAAGUCAGUCUGCUUAAUUUUCUUUCAUAGGACAAUUUCACUGCACUUCUGGACACCAGUGCCACCUAUUCUGGGAAUCAACCUGGUGUACCUUUUGCUGCACACCCUCUAUCGCUAUUAUUUCCAUCCAAGUGUAGGAAGACCAGACCUGCACACAAUAGAGCAAGUGCAGUUUGAGCAAGGCGCUAUAAGGAGGUGAUCUUUUGAGGAAACCAGCUCACCGAUGCAUCAUUUACUGCAAACUUGAAAAUGAAUAAUAAGUUCUGAGGCUUCAUUUGGCACCCUAAUAGUAAGUUUCUUUUUAAUCCAUGAGAUGUUUACGAUGCUUUGAAGGUGAUGUUUACUGUCACCAAUGUAAAGUGAUAUGUUCAGCAGUUGUGACGUCUAGUAGAGACAGACUUUUUUCUUAAACUGAACUGGUCCUUAUGGGGGUGCUGCUGAUGUAGUGGUGUCAGGUUGGCAUUAAAGACAGGAUUGCAAGAUAUGCUUAAAUGAAAAAUUCAGAGCUUGAACUGUCAGCAAAAUUAAUGACGAUUUAUCCUUUACUGUGUAAAUAAAUGUGCAAUUUGUACUUUUGAAUGCUGAAUCAUUACCUUGCCUAUCAGAUCCAUCUAUUGCCCUUCUUUUAUUCAUCUAUGUCCCUCUGAAGUUUACUUCUACACAUUUUGUACUCAUCGAGGAAUUUGUUUGAUCCGGACUGCCUUAACCUGAUUUACGUAUUUUUCUUCGUCCUGACUGGGCCUCAGUAUCUUUGUUAUCCAGGGUUCUGUAACAUGCCAGCCUUCCUCUUCACCCAGGCGGGAACACGCUGCCGCUAUGGUCUUCCCAUUGCAACCCACUUGAGUGCCAGACUUUCCCUCAUCUGCAAAUUGUCUCACCAAAUCAAUCUCUGCAAGUUGCCACCGAAUGCCUCCAAAAUUAAUCUUACCCCAAUUUAGAACCUUAAUAUUGAUCAAUCCUAGCUUUCUCCAUAGUAUUUAAAAAAUAAUACACUUAUAGUCACUGGUCCCAAAGUGCUUUCCUACUCUCACUCAGUAACUUGUCCCACCUCAUUUCCUACGAGGAGGUCCAGGGUUGCACCCUCUAGUUUGGCCCCUGACACGUUGAUUAAGGAAGCUUUCUUGGACAUAUUUAACAAAGUCCACCCAUCCAAGAAUAUCCUCUGAACGCUUUUAUGUUCUCUCUCAUCAAAAAAGCACCCCCACUCCUCUUGCCACCUGUAGAGUCUGUAUCCUGGAACAUUGAGCAGUACUGUACAGGAACAUGUGUGUGUGUGUAUCAAAAUAAAACUUUAUAUCAUUAA